GUUUCUCCUGCAGUAGAACAACCUAUAAAAGAACAAGGUAUGGAAAUAUUUUUAGUUACAAUAAUUAUUAGGUUUAUACACUAAGGAAAAGCCUGCAUGAAAGAACCAGUGGACUCAUAGUUAAGAACCAACAACAGCCUGAGAUUUAGGCACUUCCGGAAUACAAGAACCACUACUUCAUGCUGACAAAUGAGAAAAUUAAAAAAACUUAAUUUUCAUACUUUAGCUGAAGCAUAAUAGAAAACGUGUUCUAUAACCGGGGGUGUAACACCCCCAAUAAUUUUUAAGUUCAAGAAAGUUGGUAAAAAUAGAAAAUAUUUGGUGAUAAUAGUUGUCCCUAUUUAAACGAAAGGGAGAGGGCAAAAUUACUCAAAUAUAAUUGGUUAAUAAUGAGGGCAUUUUUUUCUUAAUUCAGGGCAAAAUUACUUGUACCUGAUUGGCUGAGACUCAAGCGCGUGAAGUUUCUUGUUUUAAAUAGCAGUAAAACAAUGGCUCUCGCUUUGUCGUUGGGACAAUGUCAAUGAUUUUUUCCGUGUUGGUGUUGUGUACUCAGGUGAAUAUGAUGUUUGUGAUGUUACUCUGAGUGCAUAUCCACACCGGGCGAGCUUGAAAAAUAUGCCCGGCCACGGUGGGAAUCGAACCUACGACCUUUGGAAUACUAGCCCAAUGCUCUUCCAACUGAGCUACGCGGUCAGGACGGUUCGAGUAAGUGAUAUUUUGGAACAGAAUCUAGUUCCUUCGAUAGCGAUGUAAUCUAGUAAUACGAUUUUUUCUGUGUUGGUGUUGUGUACUCAGGUGAAUAUGAUGUUUGUGAUGUUACUCUGAGUGCAUAUCCACAUCUUACUCGAACCAUCCUGACCGCGUAGCUCAGUUGGAAGAGCAUUGGCCUAGUAUUCCAAAGGUCGUAGGUUCGAUUCCCACCGUGGCCGGGCAUAUUUUUCAAGCUCUCCCGGUGUGCAGAUGCACUCAGAAUAACAUCACAAACAUCAUAUUUACCUGAGAACAUAACACCAACACAGAAAAAAUCAUAUUACUAGAUUACAUUGGUAUCGAAGGAACCAGAUUUUGUUCCGAAAUAUCACUUACUCGAACCGUCCUGACCGCGUAGUUCAGUUGGAAGAGCAUUGGGCUAGUAUUUCAAAGGUCUUAGGUUCGAUUCCCACUGUAGCCGGGCAUAUUUAUCAAGCCUGCCCGGUGUGGAUAUGCACUCAGAGUAACAUCACAAACAUAAUGUCAAUGAUGUUAUUGAAGAAUUAAAAACUUCUAGUGAAAACUGGAACAUUAGAAAAAGUACAAAUUUAUGGGUUGGAGUAUUUAAAAAAUGGGCAGCAUUAAAGAAGAUCGGUGAAGAUGGAGAUAUAAGAGGUUCAAGAACUUGAAAAGUUCACAAUUUACUUACGAAUAAAUUUUGCCCCCUAUGAUCAACAAGUAAUCGCAUAGUUCCUCGUAAAAUUAAGGUUUAAUUUCACUUUUGUCUUCAAAGUUUCACAAAUUUGUGAAACUUUGAAAACGCAAGUGAGAUUACCCCUUAAUUAAUUUUACUCGGCCCCAUGCGAUUACCCAUAAUAAUACUGUGAAGAGCACACUAAUUGACGAAACAAAUAAUUUAAACCACUAAGUCUGAAGCAAAUGAUUGUGCCUGGGAAUAUGAACCAGUUAAGAAGCUACUUGGCUAAGGCAGUACUUAUGAUAUGUACAACGAGUGUGUGUGUGCGCGCGCGCGUGUGUGUGUGUGUGUGUGCGUGCGUGUGCGUGUGCGUGUGUGUGUGUGUGUAUGGGUACUUUUUCUCCCACUAUUUGGGGAUGGGGAUAAAUAUAAUAUAAUAUAUAAUUAUACCCCACACCCAGUUUUUGUCUUAUUUUGCUUUCUCAACAAUUGAAGAUAAAUGAUUAACAGUUAUUCUGUGUGAAUUAUGGUAUCGUAACCUCGUAAUAAUAAAGGUAUCAAAAUUGAGGUUUUCAGAUGAUCAUAAAACUUGUCCAAAAUACAUGAUACAUGUUUCACUGACCCUAAAAUUGGACAAAAUUCCGGGGGACCACGAACUGCUAUGGGUAUGCCCUUGCUAACAAGCCCUCAGUCCAGAAUCACCAGCAUGGAAAAAGUAAUGCCCCAGGGGGUUAAUAGAGGAAAGACGAUAUGUAAAACUAUUUACAUUACUUUUACGUGUUUAAAUUAAUUGACAGACUGGUUGGCAAGAUCACAAAAAGAAACAAACUCAAAUCUCACGAAAAAUGAAAAAUUAAUGGAAAAGAAGAUGGCUGCUUUUCAUGCUGACUUAGCUGAGAUAGUUUUUCAAGGAAUACAGUGGUUCUGCAUAGAUCCAACAAGUGGUGAUCACGAGGAAUACGAUAAGGAAACAAACGUCAUUAUUGAGAAAGCUUACAGCAAAAAAGAAAAAUCCGUUAUUUUCCUUUUGGAUGACGAAAAAUGUGAAAUUGUAUUUGGUAAGAUGCAAGAGACCAACUUGAAUACAAAGGAGACGAUAAAAGUAAUCAGAAAGGAUCUUAAAGGUAUUAAAAAUUAUCUACUGUAUAUUCAUGCAAUAAAUCGCUCAACUUUUUAAUAUAUUGGGUCAUUCCAAUUGAUAAAAAUCAGGAAGGGAAUUCAAAUUAUGAAAGUAAUUGAAUUUAGCCUCAUGAUCAUGAUCAGGUGAAAGUACCCUUGUGUUUUGCCUAUAUUAUAGAAAGAAAACAUGUUUCUGACUGAGUAUUUAUUUAGCAAAUACAUGGAUAGAAGGUUAAUUAAUCGAGUUAUACUCAUGGAGAUAAACGCAAAUGCAGCUUCUACUUAAUUAGUGUAUCAUCCUUAAUAUCACAAGUUACAUGCAGCCACAGACGGGUCAGAAUUGUAUUGGAAGGUUAUUUUAUAUUUAUAGUUAUUCGCUAGAAUGCAAAAACGGUUAAUAAUGUGGGUGUUGCUUUAAAUGUGGUGGUUUGAACAUGUGUGAAACUUUUCGCCAUACAAGCAGAAAUGCUUUGCCACUUCUACCAAAUUUGGCAAGAGAAAUGCUUACAGACAAACAAAACCACUUAGAGCUUUGUCUACCCAAGCCUAACAAAUUAAACUUUCUGUUCUCUAUAUGUACUUUAUACAUAACAUGUUUUAUAGCUAAUAAUAUUCAUGAAAACAUUUUUCAAUUCUGAUUGGCUUAGAGGAGUUCAUUUUAUCGAAGUAGAAUACCAAAAGAAGUAAUACAUGCAAUGAUAAAAAAAGAAAUACAAAGUAGCAAGAAUUAAAAACAGUGCCAAAAAAUGGAAUAUAGUGCCAAAAAAAUGAAAUACACAAUGCCAAAAAAGGCACUUGUGCAAUUUCGACCGUCGUUGAAAAACUCAUUCGUGUAUGUUAUUUUCAAAUUGCACUCGAAAAUAUACUGGCUUGCUUGCAUGGGCAGUUCUGAUCAAUUUUGGGCUAACAUUUGGUAAGUAUGACGUCACACAACAACGAAGGCAGGAUGCGUCGCUUUCGCCCUACCUCCGCCCCGCCCACAAAUCGCCUGGGUUCAAGUCUUUUCAUGUAGAGAAGCGCUGGAAAAGCGACAUGCCUUGGCUGACUAUUACCUUUACAUAAAAUACAAAACUACUUUUAAUUUACUUCAGUUGAUGUGUCUGUUCCUGAAUAUUGGGAACCUCAACCACGCGAUGUAAAUGGGAAAGAGCUAACAGUGCAUCUAGUCACCCUCAACCCUAACAACCCAAAUCACAAAAACGAAUACAAGAAUAUCAGUGAUCAUUUCUGCCAAACUGCAACGCAACAAAUCCUGCACAUUCAACGAAUCCAGAAUCCAUCAUUGUUCAGAGCAUACCUUGUCAAGAAACAAAGUCUAGACGAAAAACAUGGAAGUAAUGAGAAAUUCUUGUUUCAUGGUAUAAGGGCUAACAAAAUAAACGAUAUUAAUGAACAUGGCCUCAACAGGUCUUACGCAGGAAAUACUCAUGGUAACGAUUUUCAUUUUCUAUGCUACAAAUAGAUGAAUAUUCAAUAUUGAAUACUGAGUUUGGAAAUAAAUAUUUGAUGUUGUCAACCAGGGUCGUUGCUAUGUGUGUGGGGGGG